UGAACCACCCCUCCCUUCCCAGCCAGCAGAGCCUACGCAACAGAAGAGGGAGAAGCAGGAGUUCCUGAAGAUGAACAGAACAAGAUACAACACGACUCAAAGUAACAGCAGACCACACAGAACUGCUUUUUGUGGCAUUUAUUGACUAGUCAGGACAGUUCAAACUACUACUUGUAUGAAAGACAUCACAUACCUGCAUCUGAGGACAUCAUUAGAGAACCAGUGCCAUGGUGUGAGAGGAACCACUUCUACAGAUAGUGAAGAUGUCUUCACUCAGAGUAACUGAGAGUUGGGAGAAGGUGGACCUGAUGUACAUCUCUAUCGAAUUCACUAUUGCUCUGGCGUCGGUGCUUGGGAAUGUGCUGGUGGUCCUGGUGGUUUACAUGAACCAGACUCUCAGAGACCCAACUUUCUGUUUUAUUGUUUCUCUGGCACUGGCUGAUAUUGCGGUCGGCGUUUUUGUCAUUCCACUAGCGGUGGUCCUCAGCUUGGGUCUCAGCACACUGUUUUACAACUGCCUCUUCAUUUCCUGCCUCAUCAUCAUCAUAACCCAAAGCUCCAUAUUGUCGCUGCUGGCCAUCGCCGUUGACCGCUUCCUACGUGUCAAAAUCCCCACCAGGUAUAACAUCACUGUUACGCAGAGACGGGCGUGGGUAGCUGUGGGUUUGUGCUGGCUCAUCUCAUUUCUGACUGGUUUAGUGCCAAUGGCUGGCUGGCACCGCACCCCACCCAUGAAUGUGAGCACGACGGCCAUCAAAUGCCAGUUCACCAACGUCAUGUGCAUGGAUUAUAUGGUCUACUUCAACUUCUUUGUUUGGGUGGUGGUGCCCCUGACCAUCAUGAUCGGCCUGUACGCCGAGAUCUUCCGUGUGAUCUGCCGCCAGCUCAACCGUCGAGCUGAGGCCACUUGCGACUCAAGCAAGUACUACCAUAAAGAGCUGAAACUUGCAAAGUCGUUGGCACUAGUUCUGUUUUUGUUCGCACUCUGCUGGCUACCACUGCAUAUUAUGAACUGUAUUGUGUUUUUUUGCCCCACAUGCAAUGUGCCCAAGGGUGCUUUUUACUUUGGCAUCUUCAUGUCACACGUCAACUCUGCACUCAACCCGGUGGUAUAUGCCUUCCGCAUCCAGCGCUUCCGUGAUACACUGAUUCAAAUCAUCCAGCGAUUCAUGCUCUGUAAAACCCCAUCAGCCAACCUGAGCCAGCAUGAUCCUGGACCCAUCACAGAGAAAACCCAAGUUCAGUAGCAACUAAGACUGAAAACUUUAGAUAUACAAAGAAUCCAAUGCAACCUGCAAUAUGGUGUAAUAAGUCCCGCUUUCUAAAUAAAAGAACCAGUCAGCGGUUAGUAAAGUCAUUGCAUUACUGCAGUUGCCAUCAGGAGCCGCAGAUGUAAUAGAAACAGUCAGCAUUUUUAGAAAUGCACGUAGGAUUGCAUAUGCGAUUUGGCUGGUCCAGCCUGAAAUAUAAGCUUUUUAACGCUAUUUGAUCAUAAGAAACAACAUUUAUGGACUGUUCAUGUCUGAUUUUGUUGAUUUCCCCAUUUAAGUUCCCUAUUUAGACGUGGUUUUGGGUGCCUGAAAUAACUGUCUAAUGGCAUUGAAAAUAUGGAACAGACUUUCAUGCGCUGUCUGGGUUGUAGCAACUGACUGGCAAAACGAACUAUGCAAAUCAGGAAACAACACAAAUAUACCCAAAAAACGCA